AUGGAGGGACAUCGUGUCUUUCCUUUCCUCCCUUCGGAUGAGGAACUCCAGCUCUUCGAGGAGAAGAUCAAGUAUCGGUUCACCGACCGUAUUUGGGCACGGAAGGCACUUCAAACCUCCAGCGCUUUCAACGAGGAUGGCAAUAAGACUCUUGCCAUGAUUGGUGACGCAAUUCUCCGCUUGGUUAUUGUGGACCAUGGUCACCAGGAAAAAAAGACGCGAGGGGAAAUAUCGAAUAUGAUUACCAGGAAGGCCAGCAAUGCCUAUCUUUCCGAUCAGGGAUUUGAUCUCGGCAUUGGCGAAUUUAUCAUCAUGAACCCCUCCCAGUUUGUCAUUGGACACAAUGUCAUGGCCGCCACCAUGGAGGCGAUCAUCGGGGCAGUGUACCUCGACUGCAAUCAGCAGAUCCAGCCAUGCGCCGAUGUAAUGGCCGCUUUGGAUCUUUCUUGGACCGAGUGA